AGGUACAAUGGGAACUUAGCUAACUAAAGUGAACUAUUUCGGUUUUUACUUGUAUAUAUCGUGAGUUUUGUACAAAAUAAAAGACAAGCUGCUUGUGUUAUAACUCUAUGUUGUGCUGUUGGUGCAUUUCCAUCUUCUAACUUCUACUGCUGUGCCAGUUUCCCGUCAAAAUAAAAAUGCAAAGCUUUGGAAAUAAGGACAACCCUUGCAAAAGUUUUGCUCCAAAUAUUUUCAACAAAAAUAAAUGUCAAAAUUGUUUUCGACCAAGAGAAACGCAUCUCAAGUCGGAUAAAGAUCUCAACAAAGCUAAGCCAGUGUAUGGUGGAUGGCUUCUUUUGGCUCCAAUUGGAACCGAUUUCUCCAAUCUUAUGCACAAGAAUCGAAAAUGGCAGCGAAGAUGGUUUGUCCUUUUCGAACAUGGAGCCUUGCGUUAUGCACUUGAUGAUAAUAUGUCAACAGUGGCACAAGGAACUCUUGACAUGAACAAAUGCACGGACGUAAUUUACGCGGAUUCAAUAACCGACCAAAAACAUUCGCUCUGCAUCACGCUGCCUGACCUGCGUUAUUUCAUCCGUGGAGAAAGCAAGGAAGAUAUAAUGGGAUGGCAUGACCAACUUGUGAUAUACCCUGAUACAAUAAAGGAAGAAAAAAUGAUGAAAAAGAGAUUUUUUAAACGAAAAAGUGAAGGACCUGCCAAACCACAACUGGAAUUGGUCACAGCGACUAGCUUUUCAGCUCCUAACACUCCAUUGAGCAAAACGAAGCAAACUCAUAUAAACAACCCAUCACAACUUACAAAGCUACAGAGCCCAGAUGAGGUGAAGCCAUAUUUACCUGGCAGUCCGAGGUUACAUCGAACCAGAAACGAUUCGAGUUCUUCCGCGAACUCUGGCAUCAAAAGUCCUAUCUCCGACCGAAUGAGCGGCUUUGGUUCCCCUCCCCCCACACGUGCGUAUAACUACAGGAAAGAUCCAGAAAAGUUAAAAAUAUCGGCCAAAGAUCUUCGCAGUGGAAGCAGGAAUAAUGAGCCAUACCAAAGCGAGCAUACCAACAGUGAAAGUUCGCUUCAUUCUGUUCGUAAUGACAGUGCAACCAACGUGACCAGCACUGACAAUGCAUCUCUACUGUCAACCAAGCUGCAACGAAACAUCAGCGUUUCAACAAGCUCCCUUGACUCCAGCACCAGCAGUCACAGUUUGGCUGACAGCACUGAUGGGAGUCAAGCAGGCACUGGUGGAAAGAAGAAGCAGUUCAAGGAUUACCACAAUCUUGCUGAUGUUCCAAAAGCUAAGAGGAUUUCAAACAAACAUUUUAAAGAAAAAAGAAAGGAGGUUGAGAAACGAUCUCGAGCGAGGAGUCCGGGUCGUGAAGAGGUUGAUCGUAUCUUUGGGAGGGAGAGAAGAAGGUCGAGGGUCAUCGAGGUCUUCCCGUCCGACAACAAAGAGAACAACGAACCCCCUUCCCCCGUUGUAACAGAUGGAACCCCAACACCCCAUAGUGUGGAUACCCCAACUUCAACCCUGGUUAAAUCACCCCCACCCACCCCAUCUACACCCAGGGAGCCCUCCACCCCACGUGAUAACGAAGAUAGACGGGGCAGGAGUAUAUCAAGAAGGUCUACUAACAUGAAACAGGGUACGCAGUCAGAACAGCCCAAGUCAAGGAUUGAUUCGAGACGAGCCAAGUCACUUGAUAGGAAGUCGUACGAAUCGUUAACUCUCUCUCCUGACUUAUUCAAUGUAAAGAAAGGUUGGCUCACCAUGCUUACUGAUGGUGUAUGGAAGAAACACUGGUUUGUUUUGGGAGAUAAAAGUUUACGUUACUAUCAAGAUUCGACAGCUGAGGAUACAGCAAACGUUGAUGGAUCUAUUGACUUAACCACUUGUUCCAAUGUUAGUGUGAUUGAAGUACAACGGAAUUACGGUUUCAAAAUACAGCUUGCAAAUACCGACCACCAUCUUGCUGCUAUGACAGCUGGCAUUAGAAGAAACUGGAUUCGCGCAAUAGAAAAAUCAUCUGUACCUGAUGCUACUAAGGAAGAAGAUGACACUCAGUCAGGGAAAUCAGAAACAAUUGAUACUUCAUCUAAGAAGUCUAAAGAUUUGGAAGACCUAAGCGUCACCGAGCGCUCCCAGAGGAGGAGAGCCCGCAUCCGGGAUCGUAGGAGAGAGGGAAGAUCAAGAACUUUCGAUUUCGGAGAAUUCAGACCGUUAGCCACACAAGCUCUUGGUAUGGACCCCACUGUUAAUGAUAAUACCCCUGAUAUUCAAACAACUGAAAAAGAAGACAAACCAACUACAGAUGUUAAGGCGCGUUCACGAACGUUUGAUCAAGACACUUUACUUAACGAUGUAAAACAUAAGAAGGCAAGUGAAAGUGAGACACAGAAAGUUGAAACUAAACAGCCGGUCAUUACUCCGAGAAAGAAUGCUCCGAAACUGAACCAGAAUGACCUGUGGAGGUCGAUAGAGAGCGAGUGGGGAAAGAUAGAAGCUGUGGAAGUUGAAAUAUUAAGCGCUGAUGUUCCACCAAGUCCUAUCACACAAACAGCAACCAUGGUUAAAGCUUUGCAGUCUGAGGUUGAUUCAUUGAAGAAACAAAUGGAACGAGUCAAUAUUGAAAGAACUUCUUCAGUUGAAGAUACUUUGUCCGAGGGUGGUCGUAGUUCAGUGAACACGGAUUCAAACAUCAUCGAAGACUCAAAACUUCGAACAAAAGUUGAACACCAAGCUACAGUUAUUGAUAAACUUAAACAGGACCUUUCAUCAAGCCAUGAGUCUCUACGCAAGCAAAGUGGGGAACUACGGGAGUGCGGGAUGCAGCUCGAUAUUUCACUCAGUGAAUCACAACUUGUUGAAACGCAACUUGUCAACGCUCAGAAUGAAAUUCAGCUGCUUAAAAGUGGAAGAGAUGAACAAACUAAGGAUCACAAAAGGAAAAUGGAAACUCUCAUGACACAGUUGGAAAGCAGUGAUGCACAAUUAAAAACCACGGAAACACUGCUACUUGAUGCACAGAGAAAGAUUCGCGAACUUGAAAGGCAAGCCACCUUACAUAAAGACCAUAAUAAGGAGGAAGCUUUGCUCCACGAUCACAUUAAGCUCCUCCAGCACCAAGCUGAGGAGCAGGAGCUGGAGAUGCGGGAGAUGCAGGAAUCUUAUGAGGAGAAGUGUCAGAGCGAGAAGAAACUGAAGGAUCGGCUCAGUCAAGUGGAGGAAUAUAUGUCAACUUACGAAGACAAGUUAGCCGACAUGCAAGAAGCUUUGAAGAACACGGAUAAAGAUCUUAACAUUAUAUCAACACAUAGGUCUGACGCUCAACAUGAUGUGAACAAGUUGUCGGCUGAUUUGAAAACAUCCCAGGCAGCCACAACAAGGCUGGAGGAUAAAGUUGCAAAACUUAUCGCACAAAAUCAGGUGGACGAAGACUGCAAUAAAACAUUACAGGAGCAACUUCACAAAGAGAAGGAAACUUGUAAGAAGCUUCGUAAGAUUCUUGAAGAGCAUGAUGAUGUCGUGUCUGCCAAUGAAAAACAACUUCAUGAAACAAAACAAGCGUUAGAUCAGUAUUCCCUUCAACUCCGAAUUGCCGAAGAAGGACGACUUGCUUCACAGAGGACGGUGCAUGAUCUCACUGUCGAACUAAGGAAAGCUAAAGAUGAGAUACAGAAACAAAAGCAAAGUACGGAUCAAGUGACGCGCGACCUUCGUGCACGACUUACCACGGCUGAGAAGGAACUUACUGAUAUCGAAGAAAUUCGACUGAAACAUAAAGAUGCUCCGGAAAGUAGCUUUAAGGCAAAGUUAACGGAGUUAGAAGCGGAGAUGGGAGGCACAGGUCAAAUGAUAGCUGCUCGUUUGAGCGCCCUCGAGCGUCCAAGACGAGACUCGGAUUCAUCAAAUGCUUCCGAUAAAGAAACUUCUUCACAAAAGCUACAUCGGUUGGAAGCUGAAAUAGAUCGAAAGAACAAAGAAAUUAAAUCAAUGAAUGAACAAUUCAAAGAAAUGGAACAACGAGAGAACGAAGCGAACGAAGAAUUCACCAAAAAAUUAAAUGAGUUACGAGCGAGGCAAGAUGAGACGACAAAGGAUCACGAACUGUCCAUCGCUGAAGUGAGGAGCGGGAUGGAAGAAGUUGAAGAAAAACUCCUCUGUACACAAGAUUGUCUUCGGGAGCUUCAUAAGCGAGCAUCCGGACUUGACAGGAGUGAUCCAGAGGUUACUGUGAUGUUGGAAUCUGUGCUUCGUGAAACAUUAAAACUCGCAUCUGGUGAUAUAAGUGCCAUGUCACCAAGUUUGAGCGAAAACCGCCGAGUCACUGACGCUGAGUCACGACAACAACACCAACGAACGAUGUCACGUCUUCGACAACUCACAGAGAAACUUAAAAACUCUGACGGUCGCCUCGUCAGCCCGUCUGCCUCCCCCGUUUCCUUCCAUCGACCGCAUGAUUUACCCAUCUCUCCUUCAACAUCCGGGAUCGUGAGCGAGGAUGUGGCCGUCAAACUCUUCGCAAAGCAGAUCAGCACACAAGCGAUGCUAUUGGCUGAGAUGGCAGCCACGUUACGACGCAGCCAAUCAUCUCCCUCGCUUGUAUCAGUGGGUCGAAGCCAACUCAACCGUAACCACAACAACCGACAAGCUUCCCCAUCACCCCAACUUACCUCAGCAGAGUUCUCAGAUCUUAGACAACCCAACGCAGGUGGUUUGUUACAACACGUUGAUACACUUGCACAAAAACUGACACUAGAGGGCAUGCUAAUGCGCGAAAUAUCUCGUCUACGUGAGUCGUGGUCGGCCAACCGUGGUAGGGGGGCAAAAGUGGGGGGAGGGGUUGCGCAAUCUGAGUUUUCAAGCGCUAUAGUUGCACAUGCGCACAUUAGUUAUGUAUUGCAGGUUUACAACGAGCGAAUAUCCCGCCUUUCCCUCGAAGCCAGGCAAGCGCGACAUCGAGCAGAUUCAGUCAUGCGGAAACUACGUGAACUCGUCCAUGCGUGUAAAACACAAGACCUUGAAGCAGUAUCGAACCUCGCUGUGCAAGUUGAUACGGAUUCCAUCACUCCUCCUUAUUCUGAUGUUCCAUUAUGGGAGCAACAGGUUGAUUACGGGACCCUCCAUGGAGCGCAAUCCACCCCGUCACCCGUAGCAACAGAGGCGAUGUACAUGGAGCAAGAGGCGAGUUUCUUCCAACAUCUUGCCGAUGAUAUUCAAUGUAUGUCGGCCGAUGUCCAAUCUUUGACUAAACUUGGAACGCAACUCAUACUUUCUGAUGAAAGUUUGCAAAAAUUUCUUCAUCCGAAUGAAAUAGGCGAACACGCAUCAGCUGUUGCCCGCGAAGCCAUCGUACAAGCUGAAGUGAUUUAUAUUUCACACAGAUUAAGGCGAGAUUAUGACGAAGAAUUACGGAAAGCGAAAACUGCUGUUUCGGAACAAGCCAAACACUAUGAGGCGCUGUUGAGUAAAGCUAAAAAUGUUGAAGACACUUCAGCUGCUAAGCUUCGUCAAGUUACAGAAGAACAUAACGCAAAGGUUCGUAGGCUGAUGCAAGAGACUGAAAAAGUUGAAAACGCACGAGCUGAACUUUCAAAGAACACGGAACAAACGCUAACGAGAUUUAAAAGGAAACAUGAACAGGAGCUUGCCUCAUGUAACAGCAAGCAUGAACAGGAAUCUGCUGUGUUAAGAAAAGAGAAAUCUUCAUUGAAAAACCAGCUUGAUACAAAGACAAAGGAAUAUAUGACAGAUGUAAAUGAAUUAAGGCAGAGGUUGCAACAAAUACAAGUACAGAACAGGGUUGAAGGUGAUAAACUACGUGAAGAUUAUGAGAAAAAGUUUGAGAAAGUAAAAGACGAAUGUGUAAGGGAUGUGGAAGAAUUAAAGAAAGAACAUCACAAGAAAUUGAACGAGGUGAAUGAGCGCCACCUAGCUGACAAACAAAAGCUUAAUGAAGAGCUCCACCAUGUGGGGAAGAUAAAGAAGAAAGAAAUUGAAAUGAUCGAGCGAAGACAUGAGAAGGAAAUACAGAGGAUUGAAGACGAACAUCAUGAUGAGCUGCGACAAGUGAACCGUGACUCGAAGACGAGAGCUGAAUCUUUGAAGCGUGACUUUGAUGAUGUCAUACAACAACAGAAGUCCGAACACAAGAUGGAGAUAGAGAGAGUGCGCGAAUCUUCUGAGAUAUCAGCUAAGGAGAAAAUCAAAGAAAAAUUGAAAUUGAUGAAAGAGGAGCAAGAGAAAGUUCUGGAAACUCGAGAAAAACUUCAUUCUGAGCAGCUUGAACGAGAAAAAGAGGUGUGGACCAAAGAAUUGAGGCAGCAGUGGGAAGAGGAGAAAUCGAAAAGUGAAGAAACGCUUCCCCCACCCUCCCAUGCGAGGUCGAGCUCCUUGACAUCGGAGAGCGAAAGCAAGGAAGCAUUGCUCGCUCGUAUUAUGUCGUUGGAAGGACAGAUCGACGUGAUGCGAGAGAAACCAGGUGAUGAACAAGGGAGCCAUGAAUAUCAGAAACAACUGGAAGAAAUAAAAGAACUUUGCGACCAAAGUUUCCACUGUAUUGAAGAAACUCAUUCAAAACAGAUUGAGGAGCUGAUUAGUGCACACGAGAGGGAGCUAGAGAGACUACGAGAGGAAUUUUCCGAGGAACGAGCGAUUGAUAAAGAAGAUACGAAGCGAGCUAUUGAUGUUAUGUUAAAGCAUCAUGAAGAGGAAAUAUCGACCAUGAGAUCGCAGUUAAACGAGAAACAACCGAAAGUUGGUUCAACGAAUGGAAAACUAAGUCGGGAAGUUGAAAAGUUGAAAACCGAGCUCGAGACAUUAUCUGAACAUUAUUCGCGUAAAUGUGUUGAACUUGCCAAUUCACACGAGCAUAACCAGAAGCUGGAUGACGUAGUGCGUGCACUGGAGCGUGAAAACCAACGCACCCAAGCGAGGAAUAACGAACUCGCCGGUAGUUUGCAGGCUGAGUUGCGUUCAAUCCAACCACCAGGUGUCGGUAAAGAGCAACAAGCUGGCGACCUUUAUCAGUUGGAGGUGAUGUUACGAGUCAAGACUUCAGAGAUCGAUUAUUUAAAGCAAGAGGUUGAUUCUAUCAACCAACAACUUGAAGAUUGCUUUCAAGAAAAGAGACAAGUGCAGAAGAAACACCAAACACUAUUCGACGAGUUGACUCUUUCCCGGUCAAAGGAGGCGAUUUCACGAAGGGAGGUUGUUCGGCUGAAGGAACAGCUUCGUUCUACCGAUGAAGAAGGGGGAGGGAGUGGCGGUGAAGGAAGAGCCACUUCGAGCGGUUAUGAUUUCCAGAAAUCCCGCAGUCAACCUGACUUCCCCCCACCUUCUAACAAAGCGGGGUCCUCGUCUGUUACGUCACCAGUGACGUCAGUGAAACGCCGAAGCUCAGAUCGUGGCAACCGAUCAAAGGUGUGACCAUUCGAUUUGACUGGUAUGACGUCACAGCUGUGAUGCGCACUGCCGACCUUGUGUCUGCAUUGAGACCACCUCACCCCACACAGAUACGAAGCUAGCUUCUUCUAUGACAAACCGCUGCCUCAUGUGCCAUGCUUGCUAUCUCGGGGAAAGCCCCGAAGUAACGACUCCUUCGUUCCAGUGAAGCUUUUGUAAAAAAGUUCCGAAAUAAGAAACGACCGAAAAAAACGAAACAAAAAAGUAAUCUUGAAAAAAUAUAUAUUUUGUCUCUUCUUUCGUCACUUUGUUUUGUCGCCUGGUGUUAUAUUCUUGAAUCUCUUCGAUUCCGUUGGAGCGGAGUCGGUUCUUUUCAUCCUCGUACAGUCUUAACAUUGUGCUAAUAAUAAGUUUAUUAACCUACUUUUCUACAUGUUUACCAUAUGAGGGGAAAUCUACUCUGAUCAGGUGCUGCGGUAUCUUCAGGUGCCUCGUUCGUUUUAACCAGUAUUAUGCUCCUGGAAGGUCGUCCAAGUAUCUUUUACGACUUCGAUGUUGUUGUGUUCAUUUUCGACUUCAUCAACUUUUAUUUGUUGUUUUGUUUUCACACCAAGGUUAUCGUCUGCCAUAAUCAUAUAUUACUAACAAGAAAUACAUAGAAAAGUGUAAACGUUG